CCUCUCUUUGUUUACUAACGAUAUGCAAAAGGCCUCCUUAUCCUUCCAACCCAUUCAUCAGGUGUAAUAAUAUUUAUUUUAUUUUUUACUGGCAAAGAAGGUUGAAAUUUCGACAUUUCUUUCUUUCUACAAGCCGUGUAACACUUGACGAUUUUCGAAUUUUGAAGCAGAUUUUCAAGCCUUGGAUUGUGGAAUUUAUGUAGCAUGCUUUUUAAUUGAGCUUUAUAAAGCCAAGGACUUUAGGACUGUGUGUAAACAAAAAAAAAAAGACUUUUUCUAAAAAUAAAAAAAAAACACAUUUUAUUUAUCAAUUUCUUCCCUUGGUUGUCCUUCCAAUGUCUGAUGACCCAAAAACAAAUUCCAAUAAACACCAAUUCUUGAACGAAUUAGCAGACAAAGCCUCUGGACAAAAUAAUUUAUCGAAUAAGAAAAAUAACCUUUUACGCAAUGCUUCUCUUUCUCCCUCAGAAUCCAACAAAAUCGAUACCAUAAAACAUACACUCUCGGAAUUGCCGAGAGAAGGAAUACUUUUCGUUUACCGUUAUAUAGAAACUCUAUUAUUCAAAGACUUUACUGACUUCUUUCCCGAGGAAAUCGUUUUACGCAUCUUUACCUGUCUUGAUCAAAAUGAUCUUUGCAAAUGCAAGACCUUGUCCAAGAGAUGGAAAAGGCUACUGGAAGACCCUAGUCUAUGGAAAACCCUCUAUCAACAAAAAGGUUGGCAUUUGAACCCAGAGGUUUCACAAGAGUUUCAAGAGUGCAUGCGCAUGAAAACUUAUUCUUUUUCUGAAGAGGGAUUCAUACGUAUUGAUCAACACUUUCUAGGUCCCAACGGGACUAUCUUUCACGAUCAACAGUGUGUAUACGAUUCGCAAAAUCGUCCUCUUCUCAAUUGGGCUCAUAUAUACAAAGAACGUGCUCGUUUGGAAUCGAAUUGGCGCCACGGUAAUUUUGUUCUAUACCAACUGCAAGCCCCAACUCGACUAGGGAGGCUUUCUCGUAUUUCAACGGACAGCGUAUAUUGUGUGCAGUACGAUGAUGAUUACGUCGUUAGUGGAUCAAAAGACAGAUUGAUUAGUGUCUGGGACAUCCAUACUGGUGCCUUGUUGUAUACUCUUCACGGUCAUUUGGGCAGUGUUUUGUGUUUGCAAAUUGAUCGACAUCGCGACCUCAUCGUCUCUGGCUCUUCCGACACUUCCAUUUUGGUAUGGAGUUGGCAAAGAAGAUGUCCUAUUAAAUCUUUGACUGGACACACAGACAAUGUUUUAGGUGUCAUUGUUUCUGGUAAGUACAUCGUCUCCUGUUCUCGUGAUCAUACAGCUCGUGUAUGGAAGCUGGAUACAUUACCCGGAGAAAAUCCCUGCAUACAUGUCUUGAGAGGACAUCUUGCUUCUGUAAAUUCCGUUCAAUAUGACGAGGCCUCCGGUGUUAUCGUAACGGCCAGCGGUGAUCGUACUCUAAGAUUGUGGGACAUUUAUAGCGGACAGUGCUUAAAAGUUAUAUAUGCACAUCAGCGUGGCAUUGCUUGUAGCCAGUAUAACGGAAAGUAUAUAGUUUCAGGAUCCUCGGAUACAACAGUUCGUAUCUUCGAAGCCGCGUCCGGAAAGCUACUUCGCAUACUUCAGGGUCAUGAGGAUCUCAUUAGAACUUUACAGUUUGACAAUGAAAAAGUUGUUUCUGGUGGCUACGACGGGACCAUACGGGUAUGGAAUUUUGAAACCGGUGAAUUGUACUGCGUCCUACAAAAUGACCGAAGAUCCAGAGUUUUUGGCUUACAAUGCGAUCAUCGGCGUAUUAUAGCAUGCACUCAUAAUAGCGAGAUUUUUGUUUGGAGGUUCGAUUACGGGAUUGACUGUACCUUUUUUUAAUUCCCAAAAUCGUAGACUUUUAGUAUGGUUCUCAUUUUUGGAUUAUUAUGGUAAUCUUCUUCUUCUUAUAUAUUAAAUUCUCAUGUACAAUAGAUAAUAAUCUUUAAUC